AUGUAUAAAAAGGUUUUCUUUAUAAUUUUUGCGGCAACACUGGCUAUGAGCGAUGGUGUUCAGCCCACGAACUACGAAAUAAGUCGAAACCAACUGGGCGGAGGCAACUAUGGAAACUACCCAUAUCCGACUGGACCUGGGUAUUAUCCGGGACAGGGACACUAUGGACAAGGGCAUUAUGGACAGGGUCAUCAUGGCCCACCGGGCCCACCUGGGGCGCACCCCGGAUGCCCCCUGUGUGACUCUUCAGUGUACAGCUACUGCUACCAGAAGCAGGCUCACGAUGCUUGCUGCUGCGGUUCUGUGUUCAACCCUUACUGUGGCAAGACUGACUGCAAGUUCCUGUACGCGAACUCCUGCGAGGAACACGACCUGAUCUCAAACUGCUGCUGCGUGGACCUCUACAAGAACAACCCUCAAGGCGCACCCAUUGUACCUGCUGUCGCCGUGUAA